AUGUCUACACAUGAUGGAUUGGGAGUAGCAUACGCAAUUUUGAAGAACAAAGUGAAAAGUCGAAAAAUGUACCGGAGUCCCUCAGGCAGUGUUGUACACGAACGUUGUCCCGGUGAUUUUGGCGGACACGGGACGUCCGAAAGUCCAUGUCCGGGACUGUGUCCGCAGGACAGUUGGGACAUGGACCGAUAUUAG